UGUGUCUCCCUCCAGCUUCUGCUGGGGUUGGGACGUCCCGAACUGUCAGCCCCAUAGACUGCCCCUGCUCUGGAGUGUUCCCCGGUGGGAGGGAGGGAUGGUGACAAGCUGGCUCUGGCAGUAUGAAUCCAGAGGUCCCAGGUUCGAUCCUCUGUGCUGGCCGCUCGCCUGGCGUGCGGGGUUACCCCUGCUGGGUCUCUGGGCGGCUUUUCCUGUCCCCCCAAAUCUCACUGAGCCGCCUCUGUGUCCCCCUCCCCAGUUGCAGACCUUCGGCGUCCCGUCUCCGUGCCAUACCUACCAGGAUCUGACCAGCGGGGUCCCCAUUGCCCAGGUCCUGCACAGGAUAGACUCCUCUUGGUUCAACGAGGCCUGGCUGCUGCGGAUCAAAGAUGACACCAGCGACAACUGGAGGCUCAAGGUGAGCAACCUGAAAAAGAUCCUGCAGAGCGUGCUGGAGUACUGCCAAGAUGUCCUGGGUCACCAGAUCUCAGAGCGCCACCUGCCCGACGUCAACCUGAUCGGGGAGUUCUCGGACACCUCGGAGCUGGGCAAGCUGCUGCAGCUGGUGCUGGGGUGUGCCAUCAGCUGUGAGAAGAAGCAAGAGCACAUCCAGCAGAUCAUGACCUUGGAGGAGUCUGUCCAGCACGUGGUUAUGGCGGCCAUACAGGAGCUGAUGACCAAGGACCCAUUGGACACGUUGGCCUCCGAGACAUACGGCAACUUCGAUAGCCAGUCCCGGAAGUACUAUUUCCUCAGCGAGGACCUGGAGGAACCGGACGACAUGCGGCAGCGCUGCCAGGAACUGGAGCAACAGAUCUCCGUGCUGGUGGAAGAGAAGAACACCCUGACCCUGGAGAACAAGACCUUGAAGGAGCAGAAGAACCGGCUGGAGUCGGAUACCGGCAGCAAGAAGCUGCUGCUGCUGCAGGCUCAGAUCACGCAGCUGCAGGAGGAGACCUUCAGGCUGGAGAGCGGGAAGGAGGACUUCCGCACACGCUGCGAGGAGCUGGAGAGGGAGGUGCAGGAGCUGCAGCAUCGGAACGAGGAGCUGAGCAGCCUGGCCGAGGAGGCCCAGGCCCUGAAGGACGAGAUGGACGUGCUGAGGCACUCCUCGGACAAGGUGGGCAAGCUGGAGGCCGCGGUGGACGCCUACAAGAAGAAGCUGGAGGACCUGGGCGACCUGCGGCGGCAGGUGCGGCUGCUGGAGGAGCGGAACACGGUCUACAUGCAGCGCACCUGCGAGCUGGAGGAGGAGCUGCGCAAAGCCAACGCCGUCCGCUCCCAGCUGGAGACCCACAAGAGACAGGUGCGCGAGCUGCACGGCAAACACUCGGAGGAGGCCUUGAAGGCCGAGAAGUGGCAGUUUGAGUUCAGGAACCUCAAGGAGAAGUUCGAGGCGCUGGUGAAGGAGAAGGAGCGCCUGAUUGAGGAGCGGCACUCCCUCCGCGAGGCCAACGAGGAGCUGAGAUGCGCCCAAGUGCAGCAGACGUGCCUGAGCCAAGCAGAUGCCUUGCUGGACGGAGCCUCUUCUCCCAUGGACAACCUGGCCGCUGAGAUCUUGCCGACUGAACUCAAGGAGACCAUCGUGCGCCUGCAGCACGAGAACAAGAUGCUGUGUGUGCAGGAGUCGACGUACCGGGAGCAGCUGGCCGAGCUGCAGGGGCAGCUGGAGGAAUCCAAGCGCACCAAGAACCGGCUGGAGACCCAGCAGAGGUUGCACCAGCAGCAGAUCUCGGAGCUGAAGGCCCAGGUGGAGGAGCUCCAGAAGGCCCUGCAGGAGCAGGGCACCAAGGCGGAGGAUUCUUGCCUGUUGAAGAGGAAGCUGGAAGAGCACCUGUAAGUUGUGUUGUUCUGUGAGAUGCUCCUGUGGGCCCCCUCCUGACGCCGCCCCUCCCAUCCCCCAGCCGCCAGGAAGAUCAACGAGCUGCAGCAGUGUCUGAAGAAGAAGGACGAGGACAUGAGGGCCAUGGAGGAGCGCUACAAGCGCUACAUGGACAAAGCCUGCACGGUCAUUAAGACAUUGCACCCCAAGCAGCCACCAUCCAAGACACCCCCUGAGAUCCAGGCCUUAAAGAACCAGCUGCAGGAGAAGGAGGUGAAGAUCCAUCACCUGGAGACCAACUUGGAGAAAACGAGAUCCCAGCGGGAGCAGGAAGAGAAGCUGAUCAUCAGCGCCUGGUACAACACGGGCAUGGCGCUCCACCAGCAAGCCACGGAGCAGCGAUCGGCCGCCUCCAGCAGUGCCCAGUCCUUCCUGGCCCAGCAGCGCCAGGCCACCAACGCCCGCAGGGGGCAUCUGGGCCGGACCCAGCCCCUGCUGGCCAAGUACGGAGACAAGCCCCCCCAGCUGCACUGACCGGAGCCCCUCCCACUCCUACCUUCCUCCAGGGCUGCGUGGGGUGGGGGGGUCUUGCCCAUUGCCGCCCUGUGGCAUCCACCCCCUGCGGUGCCAUCUGUCUCUUAGGGGGGGGGGGGGAAUGCAGGCAGCAAGGGGCUAACUCUCCCCUCCCCCAGAGAUGGGCUAGAACGGCCUGCGCUGCCAGGGGGGUGCUGGGGGGAGUGGAUCUGCCCGUGAUCUCGGGGGGCUGGAGAUGGACCCUGCUGUGAGCCCCCUUGCUUUGCACUACUAGAAUGGGGGGGAGUGAACAGGGAGGAUCAGCCAGGACCCCCCCCCCCCCCC